CCUUUACCUCUCUCAUUAUUCUUUCUUUUCUUAUUAAACCCAAAAGAGAGAAACACACUAUAACACAGGCCACCAUGGAUUCCUCAAAGCUUUCAGCUUUGCUUCUCAUUUCCAUGCUCUUCAUAUCCACAGCCACUCCCAUUCUGGGCUGCAACUACUGUGGAAAGCCCCCACCAAAGAAUGGAAAAGGAAAAGGAAAAGGAGGUAGCCCAGCUAAGCCAACUCCAACUCCUAGUCCUUCCACUCCCAAAAAUCCCAUUCUCCCUCCAAUCCCUGUCCCAAUCCCUCCGAUUACAGUUCCUCCAGUCACUCCCAUAAUCACACCAAUCACACCCAUUAUCCCCAAGCCACCAGUCAAGGUCCCUCCGGUCACUGUCCCAGUCCCUCCGGUUAAGGUUCCUCCAGUCACUCCCCUACUCCCUCCGGUCACCCCCAUUCUUCCUCCCAUUCCGAUCAUCGGUGGUGGCGGUGGCAGCCCUCCUUCCACGCCCAGCCCAGCAACCCCAAGCCCUGGCAAAGGGAAGCCCUGCCCGCCCCCCAAGAGUGAUGAAACUUGCCCCAUUGACACGUUGAAGCUGGGAGCCUGUGUGGACCUUCUGGGUGGGCUCGUUCAUAUUGGCCUCGGUGACCCUGUUGUGAACCAGUGCUGCCCAAUUCUUCAAGGGCUCGUUGAGGUUGAAGCCGCUGUUUGCCUCUGCACCACUUUGAAGCUCAAGGUUCUUAACCUAAAUCUUUAUGUGCCUCUUGCUCUUCAGCUCCUUGUCACUUGUGGAAAGACUCCUCCUAAAGGCUUCACUUGCACACUCUAGAAAGUCUGCAAAUUUGAUUGGUACAGGAUUGGAUUCGUCAUGAGAGGAUGUCGAGCUGCCUAUAUCUCUCUCUCUCUCUCUCUUUCUCUCACCCUAAAAGAAUUAUCUUUUUUAUUUAUUUGUUAAUUGGUAUUUGGUACUGAGAUAUUACAAUGUUUGUUUGGUUAAAAUUAAUCAUCAUCAUGUGCAAAUUAAGUACCAUUAUUUGCUUUUUUAUUUAAUUUAUCAUCAGAUUGUUGCAUGUGUGUUCCUUAAUUUGAGAAGGAUUUUAAUCAAUCAAAGAUAUGAUUAUUUCUGUCA